AUGAUUCAUACCUCAUUGGAUAUGGCAGGUUUUCAAUGCCUGCAAGCUGAAGAUGCAAAACAAGCCCAUCAAAUGAUUGUUGACCAACGACCAUCUUUGAUUUUACUCGAUUGGAUGAUGCCUGGCGGUGUGAGCGGUGUAGACUUAUGUCGUCGCUUAAAACGUGAUGAAAACUUGGCAGAAAUUCCAGUCAUCAUGUUGACAGCACGUGGCGAAGAAGACCAUAAAGUUCAAGGUCUUGAUGCUGGUGCAGAUGACUAUAUGACCAAACCAUUCUCUACCCGUGAAUUGGUUUCGCGUAUCAAAGCUGUCCUUCGUCGUGCCAAUGCACUCAGUGGCGAAAAAACCAUUGAUGCCAAUGGAUUAAUACUUGAUCCAGUGAGCCAACGCAUGUACACAUCCGCCGCUUACGUAAAGUGCUUGAACCUUAUGGUGCUGAUCGCUACGUACAAACUGUACGUGGAACGGGUUAUCGCUUCUCUACCCGUGCAGAUGUUGCUUUAG